GGGAGAAGAAAGGGAAGCCAGCCAACAAUAACAACACACACAGGAGCCCAACGCCAUUAGAAUUCUGAUUAAAGAGCUUUUUUUUAUUAAAGUUUCUUCCUUUUCAUGAACUUCUUCCUCUUCCCCUCAAUUCAGUCGCUUCCUCCGUCUUUUUCAGGUACCCUUCCAUCUCUCUCUCUCUCACCUCUUUUUAUUCUCCUCCUCUGCAGCUUCUUCGGUUUCCUCUGUUUCUUUUGUUGUUGCUGUUGUUCAAUUUGGUGUGGGUUGGUUUUUGUGGGUGAAAUUUCAGAAAUGGAAUUCUACUGCAUGGAAGACAGAGCCUUGAAAUCGAGCUUGAGGAGAGAAGUUAUGGCUUCUGUGAAGUACCCUCAAAACAACCAGCUGCAGCAAGAUCUGGGGUUUGAAGAUUUCCUGUGCUUGAACCCCAGUUCUGCAGAGGAUUUCUCCGUCGACUGUUUCUUGGAUUUCUCCAAUGGCGGGUUUAAGGACGAGGAAGAGCCUGCGGAGAGACUUGAAGAGGAGGAGGAAGAAGAACAGGACUCUGUUUCGGUUUCCAACUCCUCGUCGGCCAGUUUCUCCGAUUCCCUUCUCUCCAGCGACCUUCCCGUUCAUGCCGAGGAUUUAGCGGAACUGGAAUGGGUUUCCCAAUUCGUCGACGAUUCCUCCUCUUCAUCGGAGGCCGCCGCCCUAUUCGCCGCCGUUUCCGCGGAGAAGCCCUUCGAAUUCAAACCAACGCCGGCGAAGACGCCAGUUUUCACCACUCUCCCACCUCCGCCUUUCCUCACUUCCCGGGUCCCGGCGAGAACGAGGACCAAACGAGCCAGAACCGCCGGUGCAAGCUGGUUCAACGGGUCGUCGGUGAUUUCCGACUCUUCCUCACUCACCUACUCGCCGACGUCAUCGUCCUCCGCCGCCUCUUCGGCGCCGUACCUAAACUCUCUUCAAAUCCAUCCCUCAAUUUCGUCGCUCUUCCCUCGCAGCCCCGGCGAGCCGCUCAGGAAGAAACAGAAGAAGAGGCUGCCAGCAACGGCGGGUGAGUCGGGUUCGAACCCGAACCCGACCCAGCAGCAGCGGCGGUGCAGCCACUGCGGGAUCCAGAAGACGCCGCAGUGGCGGAGCGGCCCGAACGGGGCGAAAACGCUGUGCAACGCUUGUGGGGUCCGGUUCAAAUCCGGCCGCCUCCUGCCGGAGUACCGGCCGGCAGGAAGCCCGACGUUUUCCAGCGAGGUGCAUUCCAACAGCCACCGGAAAGUCUUGGAGAUGCGGAAGAAAAAGGAACAGGUGGAAGAGUCGGCGACAGCGACAGAACCGGCCGCCGGGUCGGACUUGACCCGAGUGGUUCCGGGUUUUUGAAGGGUUUUACUGUAGAAAGUUCCGGGCUAAUACAAAAUUAGGAAGGAAAAUGAACCGGGGUUUGAUUCGGUUUGGUUUAGGUUUAUGGGCUGGGUUAAUUAGUCUCUGGAACGAAUAGAAUUAUAGGACUAAGUUAGUUACUUAGUUAUGACUUAUGGAAGUAUAACUAGGACAGGAAGUUUAGGCUUUUAGAGUUUAGUGAAACUGUUUUUUUUGGUCUUCUCGUAUUCCUAAUGUACCCUAAUGUAGGCAGGAAGGUUCUGAAUUCUCAUGUUAGUUGCUAAAUCCAAACUUUUAUUUAACUUCCAAUUAAUCGUGCGAGACGUUAUUCAGGUCAAUCGUUAACGACAAGUCUCGUACAU